AUGACGACUGGAUUUCCUCUUCUCCGUCUUCCGUACCUCGUACUUAUGCCUGUCUUGGAACAAAUGGAAUUUACGGAAAAAAUCGCGUUGUCUAUUCUCUCCAAACGAGCCAGAAUGUUCUUGAAACUUCUCAGAAUGCAGUGUGAGGAGAUCAAUUUGAGACUGGAGCAUAACAGAAUCGAGAUGGAAAUGUUUUUUGAUACGUGUGAAGUACUCACAAUCAGAGUUGUCAAGGUGUUAAUGUAUAUCGAUAAAUAUCAACGACGCGAUUACAUACAUCCUUAUUACAUGUCUUUAUCAUGUUGCCCCGGUAGACUACCUCCAAUAGCAUAUGUCCUUCCGAUUAUGGACGUCACUCACUGCAAAUCGAUUAAGCAGUUAACAAUCGCUGAAAUAUCUGAAUGCGAUACUCUCCCACUCCUUGGGAAGCUUCCAAGAAUUGAUGAAGUCGUUGUUCCGGGGGCUGAGGGGUGGAUUUCCGAACCUCUCUCGUACGAAGCAUUGUUUCAAAGAGAAAAAAUACUUCUAGAGGUUUUGAAAACUGUUUUGCCAGUGUCUUCUGCAGCUGAUUUUUCUUAUCACUUUCUGAACCCCAACCAUCUCCGAGAAGUUCUCAAAGUGAAUUUUGACUCCCUGAUUUUGAAACUCCCUCAUGAGACAUUUUCUCUUAAUGAUUUGUGGGUUACAAACGCUAAGACAUUUGAACUUCGUGACUUGAUUCUCAACUUAAAAGACCUGAACCGCUUUUUCAAGUUGUGGAUGAAGAAACUGUGUAAUCCUCGACAGGAAUACUUGGAAGUGAAAAUGUCCGGAAAUGCCAAUAAGGAUAUCAUUCUGGAUGGACUCAACGCUGUUCAAGUUUCUCUUGAGACAAAAAGAACAUUCCCGGUUUUAGGAAACGUGAAACAACUAUCUUCUAACGAGAAAAUUACUUCUGAGUUUGAUAUAACAAGAAUCGCGUUGUCUAUUCUCUCCAAACGAGCCAGAAUGUUCUUGAAACUUCUCAGAAUGCAGUGUGAGGAGAUCAAUUUGAGACUGGAGCAUAGCAGAAUCGAGAUGAAAAUGUUUUUUAAUACGUGUGAAGGACUCACAAUCAGAGCUGUCAAAAAUCAACGACGCGAUUUCGUAGAUUAUUAUGAAAUGUCUUUUUCAUGGUGCCCCGGUAGACUACCUCCAAUGGACUACGCUGUUCCGAUUAUAGACGUCACUCACUGCAAAUCGAUUAAGCAGUUGACAAUCGCUAAAGUAUCAGAAUAG